AUGACGGCCCCAUUCGCUCGCGCAGUUCGCGCUUCACUGUCGCUCGAAGGCGCGGCUCAAUGCGCCUGCCGUCAGGUCUUGCGACCGAGGAAGGUGCGCGCCCUGGAGCAGCAGGUGCGAUGUUUGAGCGCCACAUCUAGCUUCCAAUCUGGCCAUUCUAAAUGGGCGACCAUCAAGCACGACAAGGCCAAAAAUGACGCCGGAAAGAGCAAGCAACGCUCUCUCAUGACCCGCGAUAUCACCAAUGCCGUCAAGAUAGGUGGACCAAACCCUGACAUGAACGCGCGCCUCCACCUAGCCAUAUCAACUGCAAAGAAGAGUGCCGUACCGAAAGCCUCGAUCGAAGCCGCCAUAGCACGAGGCCAGGGUCUCUCAGCCACCGGCGCGGCGCUCGAAAACCUUACUCUGGAAGCCAUCCUGCCUCCUUCAAUCGCCACCAUAAUAGAGUGUCAGACAGACAACAAGCUGCGUGCGCUGGCCGAGCUGAGGCUGAUUGUCAAGGAAGCGGGUGGUCAGGUGUCAACAGUUGGGUUCAUGUUCGAGAAGAAGGGCAGGAUAAUAUUCAGCAAGAAGGAGAACGCCGGUGUGGACGAAUUGCUUGAGCCUGCGCUAGAUGCCGGUGCGAUGGACGUGUUCGAGGAUGAGGAAGGGCGUGUUGUGCUUUUUACCGAACCUGCGCAGACCAACAAGAUCGCGGAGUCACUUGCAAAAGAGCUGGGGAUGGAGGUUGAGGAGAGCGAAAUCAUAUAUGAUCCCAAGGAGGAUACCAAAGUCCCACUAGAAGAUGGAGGUGCCGCGAAAGAACUCAGUGAGCGCUUCCUGGACAAGCUGCAGGAUGUCCAAGGGAUUCAAGGUGUGUACAUGAACUGGAGUAAAGGGACGAUACCAGACGAUCUCUGGGAGGAGCUGAAGAGCAAAGUUACGGUUUGA